CAUUCAUUGCCGCCCAGCACCUCACACCACGCCGUCACCACUCCGCACCACACCACCCUCACCACCCCCAUUCCAUCCCCCUCCCAUCGCCGCCCCUCGUCCCGUCCAUCCAAACCCUUCUCCAAGACCCUGGGAUGUGUUAGGGGAGCGCAGGAGGACGCAGUCGCGCUCAUUCGUUCGCGGAGGAGCGACUGAGCAGGGGCCGGAAAGGCCUGCCAACACCUCCGCCAUGGCCCUCCACCCACAUUCACUACUCGACGAGGACCAGGGUGCCACGCCGACACACGAGAACUUGAAUGUCUUCGAUGACGCGUUCGAGGAAGACGACGCCGAUGUUGUGGCGGACGGCUUUCGCCCGCCCUUCAAUCACAUCCACCGAGUAAGCGGGCACCAAGAUCCCGACGACCUCUACGACCCUCCAUCACCAUCACGACCAUCACCCCUCUCACAAACCCCACAAGAUCCCUCGCGGAGCUCAACGCGUAAAUCAACGACUCGCGAAAACCCCUUCGCAAGUCCGGAAGACGAAGACACUGCCGAUGCUCCCUUACGCCGCACCCCAUCCGGCAACUUCGCGCCCUUCACCCCCCGUGCCACCUCAUCCGCCUCUUCCACUCACUACGCCACAGCUCCCGGCCCCCGCUUUGGUGCGGGUGGCCCAAGUCAUCCCUACGCCAUGUACCCGCAAGGCACCGUUGCGCGAGCAGCAAGUACUGCAUCCGCGUCUACUGCCAGACCCCCACCCGCCUCGUCCACACGCGAUGGCCCGCAACACCCCUACGCACUGUACCCACAAGGUGUAUCGGACGAUCUCGACGAUGAACUCGAUGAGGAGGCGCAUAACCCAGUUCCCGUCGGCUUCCUUGGCGUCGAUCGCCCCUUUCAACGAAGAAGAGGGCCGGAUGGGGAAGAGCAGGACAUCUUGGGCUACUUUGGCCAUACCGAGCAACUACCCCCAUACACACGAUACCCCGAAGACGGCCCCGAAAAGGCGCCGCUUCUCGGCAUACCGGAACCCCCGUCCGCCCUACACACUCGUGCCCCCGUGCUGGGGUCGGAUCCUGGAAUGUCGUUGAUGCACACUCAGAUCCAAGCGACGCCACAAUCAAUGACGGACGAAACGCAACUGCUGCGGCAAGAGUCUGGAGGUUCGCGGCUGGCAACCAGCGAGCAUAGCGGUGCAUCGACGGAAGCCAGUGCGGCGACGAAGAAGAGCUGGAGCGAGAAAUCGUGGAAGGAGCGCCGGAAGACCAAGUUCUGUGGCGUACCGUUCUGGGCCUUUCUACUGGCCGCGGGCACGCUGUCCUUCAUCGCCGUCGUCCUGGGCGGCGUAAUUGGAGGAUUCGUCGAGGGGCAAGAGAAAGAGGAGCAGAAAUCUCAGCUCGCCCCAACAACGUCGUCGCUGUACGAUGCUAGUCUUAUCGCUACAGCCACCGCCACUUCACCCACGGCCAGCGGCACCUACUCCCUGGCCUUCGGUCCCGCUCAAGAGGUCCAAGCUAGCUGUUUGCCUGUGCCGGCGCAGCGGAAUGCCUGGGGCUGUGGGCUGGCAGACUACAACGGUGUGGCCGUUCAGGUCGGCAAGGUGACGGGCAGCAACACGUCCGGCGCCUCACUAUACUACCAGGGCCAGGGCAACGAAGCGCAGCCGCUAUACUACGGCACCCAAGCCUCGCAGAUGCAGACGACUUGGCAACCCUUUCUGCUUGUCGUGGACAAUGACCAUCCCCACAACGGCCCGGCCUUCUACUUCUCGGGGCAGUACAACAAAGUCGUCGUGAUUCCCGAGUUUGCGCUGCAAGAGUCCGCCGGCUCCGCGAACAAGCGGGGUGUACCGUCGUACGACGCACAGUGGUUGAGCAACAACCCGAUCGCCGUUGCCGGGAGCAGACCGUGGUUCUGUUUCUGGAAUCAAACGUAUGUGGAGGGCUUCAUUUACGCAAAAGAACAGGCGGUCGACGCGCCGCCUGUCAGCCCGAGCACGACCGGUAUGCCGCUGUCACACGCACCCCACCCCACCUUUCCUCCCUGGCUAGCGAAGGUGACCGCGACGCCCACGGCGACAAUCACCACUGCCAUCACGAUGCCGUCGACCACCUGCACCUACACUGGCGUGGCCUCGGCCCUGCCCAGCUGGCUCCGUCAGCACUAUCCCGACUUCAACAUGAGCGAUUACACGCCGCGUGCACAGGGCAAGAGGCGACGGCAAGCGCCCACGUACCCGUACAGCGACACGCAACAACUGCCCCUUUACCCCAACCUGGUGCAGGUGGAGGAGCGGAGACUGCCUGGCAGCCCGCCGCCAUACUGCGUGCAGUAUCAAGUGCUCAACAACCUCGACGUCAAUUGGGUGGGCAACGCACAAGGACAACAAAUUGUGGUGCAGCUGGAGGAGAAUGAUCCGCCAUACAGCGCGUACGAGAGCGCGGGCCUGGCGGGACGGAGGAAGCGGACGGUGGUGCCUGGGAGUUGCCAUUGUGAGUGGUGGAGUGGCGAGUGAGCGGGCGCUUGCUCCCUCGACCCUACCCCGUCUGGCUGCGCCGUCGAGGAGCGCGUUCGUAUUUGUUUCUAUUCCACUAUCCUAGCAUUUGUUUCGCCAGCGCUGGUGUUCACUACAGGCGCUGAUUCGGGGGUGAUUGAUUUUCACUUGGUGCUGGGGGCCAAAGGAAGGAGGCGAAAGGAGCGUGGGCGGGCAAGACUCUCUCGAGUAUGAGGAUGUGUAUUAUUUAGUAGGCCUGAGUCAGAGAGCAAACCAUGGAAUGCACGCCUUCCAACUACA